AUGUCGGGCCCGACACCUUCCGUGCCUCGAUUUCGCCUUGUUCAAGGGCGUGCAAUUGGAGAACGAUCUUCAACACCAACAGCUUCUUCUAACUCUAAUUCGUCACUACAAAAUGAUGUGAGGAUUUAUGUUGUGUAUUUGUAAAUGUAAAAAACGAAAAUGAAAAAACCUAGUUUCAGUAACUAUUAUCAUUUUUUUUACUGCGAAAUAUUAGCUCUAAUGUAAAAGAGAAUUUUUUAUAAAUGUGUAUAAAAAAACAAAUGAAUUAAAUCGGUAACUCAAUUAAUUUUGCAGAAUUCGACACGAUUGCAAGGGGCACCACUCCAACCACAACCUUUGGCACAAGUGCAGUCCAAUCUCCAGCAUUCACAGACUACGCCGAAUUUGAACACACACACAAGGAUAACCUCAAGUUUGAUCAUUCAAUAUUUUUUAAACUUUAUUUCUGCAAAUGGAGCUAAAUAUAUUGUAUGAGUCUAUUAAUCAAAUUAUAUAGUCGCAAAUAUUUAUAAAAUAGAGAGGUAAAAUCACAUGAAAAUAGCCUCAUUGUAUGUGUUUACUUUCACGAGAACGAUAUUUCUCGUGAAGCGUUGUAAUUUCGAUAAAGAGAAUUUACGUGGAUUGGGAAUGAUACCGAGGAACAUUAUUUAUCCAUUUCAGGAGACCACAAGUUUUUCCAUUGUUUUCCUUCGUUUUGGCAAAAUUAGCAACAAAAUCAUUCACGAAGUUUUUCUUAACUACUUCUCUUCACGCAUAUUUGUCUAACAUCCAUUUCGAAAAAAAAUUUUCUGUUUUUCUUUUUUUAUCCCAUUAAAGAUUUGAUAUUAAAAUAUUCCAACUCAAUGAUGCAAAGUGCAAAAAGUUCUAAUCAAAAAAAUAAUGAAUUAAUUAUCUCUAAGUUACCGUCAUUGCAAGUGAAUAUUUGUCGAGAAGGCCAAGUUUGAAAGCAAAAAUGAAACAAUUUCAGGUUCGCCUCCGACUCCACGGAGUGUCUUGCAACAUCAGACGGCACCGACACCCGAUCAGAGACAACAGCAGCAGAUGACGCCGCAACCUCAACCUCCUCCUCCUCCUACUCCUCAGACGACGUCAGCCGAUGAUAAGGGCGCCGUUCACAAGUGCAUUCGCUUUCUCCGCACACUGAUCCUUCUUUCCAAUCAAGCCAGCACCGAUCCAAACUACUCGGGCCAAAAUCCAGAAGAGAAGAACCGCCUUGUUUGCGAGCUUAUAGGAGUCUGUAAAUUUCGUUUUUAAAAUGUUGCAUUUUUGCUUUUAUAGAAGGUUCUAUACGGGGAUAUGACACCGGAAGAGUUCACUCAACGUCUACAAGAAGCGCUCAGUUCACAAGCGCAGCCUCAUCUUCUUCCAUUUUUGCAGAAUACUCUUCCAGCUCUACGCACCGCCCUUAAAAACCGUGGGUAUAUGUAAUCUUGUUUCAGAAUAUAAAUACGAAUUUGAAUUCAGUUUUUUAUUCACGCGGAGUGCAGAAUUUCAGCUCCUCCUGUGCAGUUAUGAGAAGUUUGCAGGGGAGGUUGAGAUGGAAGGGAUCAGUCCCCCCGAGGGAUUCGUCUUCAACUCGCCGCCGCAGCCACAGCCGACGCCGUCACCGGUCAGCCAGGCGCAGAGCAACGUUGCCGGCCAAAGCCUCCAGGCGCCGCCUCAGCAACACGCCAGUCUUGUCGCCCGUUUGAACGCCGUGAGAAUUUAUCCAAUUUGCUCAUUAGUUUAUCUCAGCCCUUACAGCCGCCAACUCAGUUUCCCAACGCUCAACCACCUCCCAUCCGGCAAGUUCAUCAACCGUCGCCGCAGAUGGCUCCCACUUCUGUUCCAAAGGUUUGUUUUCAUUCAGCUCGAAUAUCGUUUUUUCAUUUUUUUUUUUUUUCAUGCCGUACUGAAUCAAUCAUAGUUUGUUUGCUGAAAGUUGUCACAUCUUUAAAAUUUCUGUAGAAUCGUCAUCAGUAGAAUUCCCUAAUUUAAUGAAAUAUAUGGAAGUAACGAUUUUUGAAAAAUCAUCGGGACCAUUAACUGAAAGUUAGUUUUAAACACUCUUUACGAUGUUCAAAAAAAAAAGUUCUGGAAGUAUUGUUUUUUUUUUCACUCGUUCAAAAUUCAGGGGAUGCGAUGCUACAGCAUUAAGCAUUAAUGAUUGGAUUUUCCAGACUUCCACCGCCGUUCAUUCGGGGUAUCCGGCGAAUGCGAGCACGCCUCAGCCGCCUGCUCCGCAGAAUUUGCACCAGGGACAGUCGCAACCACCGCCUCAAGCGAUUCCUGACGAGACAGUCCAGCCAGGAAAAGAAGAAGAGGUUCGAGUUGUCGCCUUGCUCGCAACUCUUCUGCUUCCAGCAGUCGCUCUCUUCGCGACCCUUCACAGAGAGCAGUCUCAAGUCCCUUUUGCUACGACCCGAAGAAAUAAUGAACAAAAUUAUGCGACGGAUGAAUUCUUGUUUCAUUGAAGAAGAGGUUUUUCCACGUCAAAAACGGACUAUUCCUAUUUAUUUGCAAAAAUCGAACGUUUUCACGAUUUCAGGUGAUAACGUUGAUAUCUGAUGCAGCAGAAUAUCGACUACGCGAAGUUAUAACUGAAAUAGCUUUCAUUGCGGAUCACAGAAUGGAAGCUGUUAGGUUAGUACAAACGAGUUUAUUUUUUUUUAGAAUUUGUAGAUACAGAUCCUUUAAAGUCGUUACCUGUACGAACUUCUAAUUUCGGAGAUUUGAAGUUUAUUGGUUUCUCUCGUUCAUUGUCUAGUCGAUUUCAUAUAGAUCAAAAAAUAUAUUUGUAACGUGAUGUAUAAGAAAAAUAAAUUAGGUAACAACUAUAUAUAUUAGACCAGAAAAAAAUUUCGGAAAAUCCCUAACUGUCAAGUAGAACUAGAUUUAUUUUUUUCUUUGUGCAACUUGAUCGUGUAUAUAAACAAAAAAUCACAUUUGACUGUUGGAAUAGUUCAGGAGAAUUUUAAAUCAGAAUCUUCGUUUUUUAUUGCUUUUCAGGCUGCUAUAAGGUCGCGCAAAGUAGUCUAAAUCGCAAUAUUUCUAGCUUGUAAAAAAUGUUGCGAAGAUGUUCGAAGAAUAACCUUUCAACUGAUUUUCAUUGUCCAAAAACUUGAAAUUAUAUUUUUUUUUAAAAAUAUAUACUUCAGGUCAAAUGAAAACUAUAUUCUAAUUGAUGACGCAAGACGGCAGUUGCGCUUCUUAGAGGACUUCGACAGACAAGAAGAAGAGCUGAGAGACAACCGAGAGAAAGAAACUCUGAUUAGAAUGAGUAAAAGUAAAGGAAUCGGGAAAGAAACGAUUGAGCGUGCGAAGGUCUGAUUUCCAUCGUACCUGGAAAUGAUUUUUUAUUCGACCGCAGGAGUUGCAAAGAGUGGAUGCGGAGGCGAAGCGGAAUCGCGAGGCAAACGCAGCCGCCAUAGCCGCGCUCUCCGGGACGCGACAAGUCCGCAAUAAGUUAGUUCAUCAAGAUCAAUAUUUUUUCAAGGGUUGUGAUUGAAUUUCGCAGAUGGGAGGGUGGCGCUGCGUCCUCUGCGGUUCAUCGACCUCGAACUGUUCGAGUGCAUACUAGAGAUCUGCAUGUUCUCGUCAACAACGAUCUCCGAUUCUCUCAGUUGGUUUUUUCUGUUUCAGGGGUUGAAAAAAUGAAUCAAAAAAACAUCUCGAAAAUCAAUUUUUUUUUUCAGUUCCUUCCUACGUCAAAAGCUGUGUUACAGCGGUCCUGUGGCUGAAAAUAUAUAA